AAGCAGCGGGUUAGAGAAGUCUCCAGUUCGUGUGAUACAGAACUACACAGCUCUACAAUGUCUGCUGUUUUAGUGACGGCUCUGUUGUUUGUAAAUAUCAUGUUCAUCUGUGGACUUGACAUUUCAUUGGAAAGAGAAUAUUAUAUGGAGGGUAAAGAUUUAUUUUGUGCCAAGUUACAUUGUGUGGAGAACACAAGAGAAGAUAAUGAAAUCUCAGCUCUUGUCAACAUAUCAGUCUAUAGGAUCAGUGAAUUAGAGGGGAAGAUUGUGUUGGCGUCUGUAUCAGAAUCAGAUUCAAGAGUUCGAGAUUAUAAAGUAAAUGGAUCAAAAGUUGAUGGAAAGUUUUCAAAGGUGCUUGGAGACUUGACUGUGUCAUUUACAAAAACUUCUGAUUGUUUUAGUACUGUGUUUGGAUGUGAUGUGUAUUACACAAAUAAAAGGGGUCUCGUUGAGAAGAAAGAGAACAAAACAAAACCUGUUGACCAAGACAAUCGUAAGCCGCUGAUGUUGAUGACCUUAGAGGCUAAAACUCCAGAGUUUGAUAAAACAAUUGAUAGAAUGUCAGAGUUUCUAAAAACUUUUAAAUAUUCUGAAUUGUUAAACAGUGCUGACUUGAAGAUAAAUUUACAGUUUUCAACAGACGACAGAUAUUCUAACCAAACUGUAAGUCAAAUAAAUCAUAGAAGAGAGUUACCGGUGGAAGAAAGAGCUGACAACUUAGUUAAUCUUACAAAUGCGAUGGAAAGUAGAUUGAAUAGCUUGUUAGUUGCUCAAGAAUCUAAAACUCAGAGACUCGAACACAAAAUUAACAACAUAACAAAUGAAUACAAGGACGUUAAGAACAAAUUGGACAUACAAAAUAAAACUAAUCAAGAGCUUGCGAAGUUUAAAAAUUACUUAAAUGAAAACUUAUUAAAAACAUCUAAACAGAUGGAAGCAAACAAUAAAACACUUAAAAUAUACAAUAGAUCAAUAAAAGACGUACAGAGUCAUUACAUGGCUUUAAACAAACAACUGGAGAAACUGAACUACAGUGUGAUUAAUGUAUCUUUAAGUUUGUCUCAAAAUUCAAAUGAAAAGGAACAUCUGACUAAAAACAUGCAAGAUUUGAAAAUAGAUUUAUUAAACGUGACUAAGCAAAUCAUUGAAAAUAGCACUUCGAUUUUGGAACAACGUCAAAAUGUGCGCAUUCAGCAACUGGAAGAAAGCAACAAAUUACUGUCAGAAACACUUAAAGAUUUAAACGCCAACACGGAGAAGACUAACACAUCCAUACAAAAUCUGAUUAAGAAAUCAGCUCAAAUAUAUGUCGUAUUCAGUAGAUUGAAUGGAUUUUUUGGACUUGAAAACUUAAAAUGUGCCCACAUGAACGAUCGUGUUUUAGCGGAUAUGAUAGAGGCUGAAGUAGAUGUCAGCAGAACAUUGUGUGAUAACAAAACUGACGGUGGUGGAUGGAUUAUUAUACAGAGACGUAUCAAAGGUGAUGUGAAAUUUACAAGAACUUGGAACGAUUAUAAAAAUGGAUUUGGUUCAACAUCCGGAGACUUUUGGAUCGGAAAUGAUGUAAUUUCAAAAUUGACAGAUUUGGGUUAUAAUGAACUCAGAUUCGACAUGAAGUAUAAAGGUAAAGACUACUACGCUGUGUACAGAGGUUUUAAGGUAGAAAAUGAAGCAGCAAAGUAUAAGAUGAGCUACACGUCAUUCAGUGGUGGGAAUGUUGUAGUCAGCUUUAGUUAUCACAAGGGCAUGACGUUUACAACCAUUGACUCUGAUAACGAUGUGUGGCCAGGUGGCAACUGUGCUGUAGACAGGAGUAGCGGUGACCAGAUGAUCUAG